GAAGGGGAGAGAUGGGGAGAGAAGGGCAGGGCAGGGCAGAGCAGUGGAGAAGGAGGAGGGCAUGGGAACAUGGCGGAGGCGCGGUUGCAAUGGGAAACUGCUCUUUGCCAUCCCCCCUCAAUCUCUCUCUUGCUCUCCCCUUCCAUUCCCUUCCCCAUGCCAUGCACUUUCAUGCUACUCUGGAUGUGCCCACUGCAUCUUCCAUGUGUCCGGCACUUUCCAAGCAGCCCCACCCGAUUGGUUUGGUCCAAGGAGUCAUUGGGUAAUGAAUGCCCGCAGAACGCGAUCGGUUUGCACUUCAAGUUGGGAGAAUCACGUUGUUCGUCGGGGGUCUAUCGAGAGACGAAAGAGGUUCCCGUAGCAGUGCGCCCCUCGCACAUGGUGCAUUGCAUGGUGAAAGAGGGACUAGAGAAAGUGUCUCUAGAGUUUAUGCAGCCUCCUGAGUGUCGCCCUUCCUCUGCGCGGGCAAGUAGUUCUCCUAUCGACGUCCAGGUCCCACUUAUCGACAUGGCAGACUUCUGCUGGGAGGUGGGUUCGAAAACGGUCGUGCAGCAAAUUGGGGGUGAUGCUGAGGAAUGGGCUUCUUUCAGUCUUCUCGUCACUGUGCAGGUCAUUAACCAUGGACUCUCAGGAGCCCUCAUGCAAGACGCUAUGCAAAUGUGUCGGGAAUUCUUCGCCUUGCCCAUGAUUGAGAAGGCAAUGUGUAGCAUGAAGACAAGCUCAGGAAUUGGAUAUGGUCGUCGGUUUGCGGUGAAAGAGAGAGCCAAAGUAGAUUGGGUGGAUCGGCUCGGCUUCUGGAGUGCAACAGAGGUACAUCGGAAGCGGUAGCCACUUGACAUCAAGCGCCCCGCAACAUGCAAUGAAACCGACGUUCACCACAGUGAUUUAGUAGCAGCUCGGACCCGCCUCGAUACCGGCCUGCGAAGUUCGCCGACUACAUCACCGAAUUCAUUAAGGUGCCUCUCGGAGAACGGAGGUUUGUGGAUAAUUUCAAGGUCAGGACAUUAGUCGAGCCGAAUAUGAAAACAAACUCAUGCCUGUGUCACUCUUGUUGGUAGUGAAAUGUCGGUAGCCAUAUCUCGAAAGAUUCGCCGUCACUUAUCGAAUGUUGUCACCGACGUGAACUUGCGACCCCAAGAGACAGGUUUUGAUGAGAUUGUAUAGCAGAACAGGGUGAAGAUGUCAGUCCAUGCUGGGGUUGGCUCCUCAGAUUUUAAUAUCUGAAAACCCACGUGCGAAAAUGUUACAUUUUGUUUGCACCCCAUUCUACUUAAGGUGAGAAUAUGAAAAUUUACUUCUACUGAGAAUCUACUUGA